AGUAAUUAAGACGCUAGCAUCGCAUCGCCCGCUUCGUUUACGCGCGUUCCCUCUGCUGAAGUUUGUUGAUUUUCUUUUAGACGGCAGUCGGAAGACGGUGAUCGGCGGCGACGACGACGUUACCCCGCAUUAGGUUUGCCAAAUCCAUCACCCUUCCUAGCCAGCUGUGCCGUGUGUGAGUGUGGAAACAGCAAAUUGCACCACCCGAGAGGAGGUUCGCAAAUCUUCCUCAGUCAGCAGCGCGGCGGUAACCCUGAAUCAAAGAAGAUUUUCGGAGGAACAGUCGUUGCUCAGAGCUUGAACAGUGAACAGCGUUUUUUUGUUGGAAAGAGGAUCUCAGCGAAUCUCUGCCUUCGUGUUACCAAAAUAAGUGUAACAGCAAUCCGCGCAAGAAGUCGAGUUCUGAAAUCGAAGUCAAGUGCUCGAGUUUGUUUGCGUUUCGUUCAAGAUUGUUGUUAUGAUCGAAAUUGAAUAACAAUUGUGCAAAUUUGUGCAGCCGAGAAGCGAAGAGGUGUUUAAUUAGCCUUUGGUGUGAGUGCCGAAGCGGUUUGGUAACAUUGUUUCUUUUGAACUCGUUCGCGGUGAGGCUCCGAGGCCGAAGAUCAGAACCAUCCGCAACAGUAUCGCAAACAGGCACUUGGCCAACCCGUCAAAAGUGAAAACAUUUCAUAUAUUUAUGAACAAACUGUUAAAAAAUAUAGUGCAACUUUCGUGUUUCGAUUCGUUCUGGGCCACUUCUUCACUAGUAACGCUUCAAGCACGCAGUCCGGUCAGAAACAGUCGUCCAGUAGCGGUAGAGAAGCCGACAGUGAACUCAACAAAAUCAACACCAUGACGGACGUCGCACAUGAACUUGGUGCCCUGCGGUUGAUAGUGGAUUCGCCACUGUCGUCCAAGGUUGCCCUAUUUAACAAAAACGCCAAAAGCCAUAUCGCGUCCCAGAUAGCAAAUCCCUUCUCCGAAUCACAGGGUGUUCGCGGAAUGCAGAGACUGAAGAUCAGCAAAGAGGAGUACGGCAGACCGAAAGCCGGAAGCCUUACUGAGUACCGGGGAAAGAAGGCCAACAUUCAGGUGUACCAGGAGAUGUUGGAACUCUGCACGGUGAUCGAUGACGAGGGUCAGCCUAUAUCGAAGCAGGAACCGGAACUGAAAGUGAUCCUAUUCGGCGAAUUGUUCAAUAUUUACACCCACAUCAACGAUAAGCUGGUUGGGCUGCUGUUGCGUGCCCGCAAGCACGAGCUGAUCCAGUUCGAGGGUGAAGUACUGUUCCAGCGCCGCGAUGAUAACGUGCCCGUUUUCCUGCUGAAACCGAUCAAGGAGAUUCGGGGUAUUCUCGUUGGAAAGCAGACCGAAAUCCGCCGGAGUCUCAGUCCGAAUCCGACGCCGACCGGGAUGUUGUAAAUGUUAGCUCCACUGCGAUUAUGUACUGUUUUGGGGGCAAGGAGAUGCUUUGCUAUCUAGAACAAACGAGAGCGGGAAUGAAUGCGUUUGACGUUUGUUGUUCGUUGAUGGGUGACUUGGAUCGAUCGCGAGAGAGAGUGACUGCGGCGAGUGCGUGAGUGACGUAACGAUAAAUUUGUACUGAGAACAAUGAUAUGUAUAUUUCAGUAGUUUUUUGCUCGGGAAGAUGGUCACCCGAGAACCAAAAACAGUGGUAAUUGGAUCAAUUGAAAGACAAUUUUUUUUCACUAUCUUAUUUAAACAAUUCAAACACUUUCGUUAUCACAUUUUUUCAAAGCUUAUUUCGAUAUUGGUUUUUGUCCAUCGUUACUUUAAUUUUCGCAAAGGAAGAAACAGCUAGGCAUUGAACUCUUCCAAUGAAUUCCAGAGUAAAAGAUUACUAACAUAUCUAGUGUUAUGAGAACAGAAACAAACAGAACCAAAAAUAGUCGAUAAGUUUACAACUUUUACAAACCGAUAGUGGUGAUUAAUUGUUUAGGCUUUCUUUCGCUUCUGUGGGAUCAACAAUAUCUUUCGUGCAAUAGUUAGUUUUUAAUUUGCAAUUUUCCGUUUGCCAAGUUCAAUAUUUCUUUAGAUUUUGUCUAGUGCGGUAGUCACAGUAUUAUAUUGUACUUGAACAUUAAGCAGAUGAGCGCUAAAAUGUAAACAAAUCGUGAACAUGUUGGUAUGGUGUGAAUGGAAAGCAAAAACCAAACAAAAGAAGAAUGGUAAAUCAUCAUUCCUCUGUAUCCACAGGCUGUAGCGAUGAUGAAACCAUAGCGUGAAAAUAAUUGUCGUGGGAAAAAAGUGGUUAAGCAAAAUUUGCGGAAAGCUUCCGCUCUUCGGAAAAACACAAUCGAUAUGAAUCAAAACAAAAAAAGGAAACAUGCGAGAGGAAAAAAGCGGUUCCAUUGGAUUGGAACUAUGCUUUGCGAGCGAAAACAAAUUCGAUAAAGUGUAGUGCAAUCGGAAACUAGGUAAAUGAAGACAGGAAAAAAGUAUACUAACAUGAGUAUGUUUAUGUUUUGUGUAGGAAAUUCUUUGCUAGAGAGAAAAAAAUGGUACUGUAAUUAGCUCGUUAAGUAGAAGAUAAUAAAGAUACUCUUUGUUUACAUUAUUACCACCAGCAGGAAGUUUAA